AUCUCUUCAAAAAUAGUUCUGUUACUCAUUCUCUCUCAUUGAAAUUCCACGCAGCCGUUUAAUGGUGCACAGAUGGUCACAGUACAACACAAUGUAACGGAAUAUUUGCUAAUAAUAUAUUCCUAACAAUAUUUAUAUCUCUUUUGGUUUCCAUCCGGUAAAGUUCUAAACUUCCAUGUCUUCCUAAUUCAUUAUUCGUUACAGAUGUCAAUUGGUGAUACAAAUAAUUGAAUGGAGAAAAAGAGAGAAAACACCAUAAGUGCUUGUGUAAAGUAAAAAUACACUUACUGUGAUAAUUGUUGACAUGCCAAUGGUUGGAUUUAGUUCGAACAAAUUCCUCGAGUGGUUAUGUUAGACCCUUCAUCAUUAUAAUAAAGAGAACAUUCUCUACGUCGGUCACUAGAUAUUGCAUAAGAGUUUGUUGUUGUUGUUACUGUUAUGUGAUUGAUAAUAUCAAGAGAUUCUGCAGUGACAGAUGUCAGAAGAUUGGAAUGCCGUUGGUAAGGAGCAGGGGGAGGACGAUGAGGAAGAGGAAUUCUUGGAUGAUGAUAUUAUUGAUAUAUCUAAAAUUGAUUUGGAAGAUGAAGAAACCUGGCUUGUGCAGGCUCCUACAAGUGAGCCCUCACCCUGUGAUCUGCGUACUUGGCUCAGGAAUGAUUUUCGUGAGAAAAGUGGGAAGUCAAAUCAUAUGAUAAACGACAAUAAUGAUAUUGGUUCUCCAAUCGAUACGAGGACCUUCACGAGAUGUAAAAAAAGAAUGGGGAGACUGAACUUUGAAUCUAUGAGACAAAUGCCAGCAGUGAACAGCGACAACGAAUCAUCCUGGAGUAAAAUGAGAAUCAAUUGGAAGGAAGAAGAAACGAGAAAAGAGGACUCCAUUCCCGCUAUGUUGAGACAAUCAUUGUCAGGCCUGCUGAUCCCAGGAGGCAGCACUCAGGAGAGUCUGGAAGCUUUUCUAGAUAUGUCCCAGUCGAAGGGGAUAGAUUCAUUCAUCAACAUGGUUGAACCUGAAUUUCACGAGAGUCUCAUGAACAUAUCACGCCCCUCAUUCCUGCAAACGACAAUAUCAAACCCUUCGAUGCACUCGUCCUGUGGAACCAGCAACCCCGGGAUGGCAGACUCUCAGAUUCUGACUGAAUCCAUGAUGCAGACCAGUAUGUUCAGUGAGUCGGACGGUGGUAUUGACAGCAUUAGUUUUUCCGAAUCUUCUAGUAGAAAUUGGCUAGAUUCUUCGGCAGCAACAGUGUUAAGAGAUUCUUCGAUCUGUGAUACUGAUACAACGUUCACUCCUUCAAAAUUUCAGACGACAGCUACAAUUAUUCAUAAUCAAGAAAUUAUUACAGUCAAUAGAACAUUUGACAGACUGCCAUCAUCAAAUACGACAAUUUUGAGCGACACAAUUACAUUUGAAGAUAAUCCCAAUAAUCCUCGUCUCAAUACAACUGAAGUAAAAAAUUCUAAUGAGAGUUUUAAUUCUGGUACUUCAUUUUCACAAGUAGCACUCAAUUCCACGUUCCAAAAAAGUGUAUGCGAGAAGGUGAAGGAGGAAGAGGUUGAGCAAGGGGAAACAUCCUCGAACUCAACGUUCAAGGCACCUGGAUGUGCUAAGGUGAAGGAUGACGUUAAUGAGCCGGAGGAGAUGUCAUCGAACUCAACGUAUGUUGCUGGUACUAAUGACGAGAUAACUUUUCCAUCUUCAGAAUAUUCGGACGAACACCUGCCAAAUUGGCCUGAUGGAGUGGCACCAUCGCAGGAUGAAGAGCCUAAAUCCCUUGACAUGACGUACUCCACAAGAGAUUCAGCAAUGCUGAAGGAGUCCCUUAACAUUAUAAAAAACGACGACAUGCCUGUCAAUCGUUAUCAAACGUAUCGAAAAUCUACAGCAGUCAGCAAAACUCAUUUAAUAAAUAAAUUGGUGAAACCUACUGGUAAAACGUCAUUACAAUAUGAUGAGAAUUAUCGGGGAAAGUCCAUGGAAAUGUUGAAUAAAAUGAGUGGCAGAACUCUCGAUUCUCAAGAUAUUUAUACGAAAUUAAAUGGGCCGAAGUCGUUGUCGCGUUUACCUCAAACGCUUCAAAAAUCAAAUCCCAAUCUUCAAUCGCAAAGUUCGACGAUGACAAGAGGUAGAUCAACGAGAAUGAUUCAAUCUAAAUUCGGUUUCCAACCGCUUGGGAGAGGAGUAAUGAGGAAUGGGCAGAUAUCGACCAAUCGAUUGAAUAGCUUGGUUAAAGCACAGGGAGAAGGUGACAAAACGGAUACUAGGAAUUCAAGUGAAAGCAUUGAGAGCACUUUGAGCACUUACAGUGGCCCAGAUUUUGAUGAUGGCUUGAGUACGUGUUCGGAUGGAAGUCAUCCUUUGAAUUGUGAGAAAAGUUCUGACCAUCUCUAUAAGAUGACGCGCAUUCAGGUGGAGAAAUUAAAUCAGGAAUCAACGCCAAAAGCUGAUAGGAGAAUUCUGGAGAACACAUGGAUUACUAGUGGAAAGGACCUUCCUUCACCGAUUUUAAAAAAUAAUGAGAUUCCUGAUAAACAAAUUAAUUCGAAUGAUACUGAUGCGGUCAUUCAAACGAGUUCCCCUCUGCUCAGUCCUGCUGAGUCUUUACAAUCUCUUCCUUUGACUCAAGAGAAUCAUCUGGCUAAUGAGGAAAAAGUCACGAAGCAGCAAGAAAGUCUUCCGAAUAAAACGUCUGUGUUGAAACAACCGCAGAAUCUCGAAAAUAAGACUGAUGGUGUUCGUUUACCUGUGAGCCGUUCGUCAAAUUUACCAAGUGGAAUCCCUCGGCCUGCAUCGCGAAUUCCCGCACCAAAAUUUUCCCGAGCUAAUGCACAAGUAAAGAGUCAAUCUAAUCAGAAGAAGAGCCUUUUCUGACGAAUAACUAUUCAACUACUUGAUUUUUUCUACAAUUCUCCAGUUUUUCAACUCUGAUUUCUGGAUAUAUGCUUUCGGAGAGUCUGAGAUCUUCAACACAAAAUGACAAUAUUAACAGAUGAAUAUGCCUAAAUACAUAUCAGAAAAAGUUGAUAAAGCAGUUGUGAAUGUACAUAUGAGGAGUAAUUGGUGAAAAACGAGUGAAAUAACUAGGAAAGAAAUUGAUUUUCAAACACCA